AACAGGAUUAUUUUGGGCAAGACGAAAUCACUCAGCGUUAUGUAUUGAGACUGUUGCUGUGGUAGAAAAUAGGAAAUACUACAUUGCGCUCUGUUUACCUUGAAACCGUAGAGGAAGAAGGGGGAGUGAUGCUAGGUGUUAGCUUGUCUGCUAGCUAAAGUUGAUUGUUGUAGUUUCACUUUCUAGCAGUUAGGAGUAGCUUCUCUGGGAGGACCGGAGCUUCCUGGAAAACGAAACUAGACCCUGCUAUUGCUGUUCCUAAUACGCUUUGUAUUGCAGAUGUAGUGAUUUAACUGUCUUCGGUGGCGAUAUUGACACCGUGAACCCGGUGGUGUCUAAAAGUUUUAAGGGCUAGCAGUCUAAACCGUCAAACACGCAGGUAACGUCAUAUCACCAGCUAGCUUUAGCGGCUAGCUCCCGCUAGCAUGGACGGCGGCGAAAACAUGCAAAGUAAUGAGGAGAGGGCGGCAGAGAAAUUAAUGGAUGACUACCUGAAAACAUUGGGUUUGCAUCGGAAGAAGAUAGCCAAAGAUGGGUCGUGUUUGUUUCGGGCUGUCGCCGAACAGGUGCUGCAUUGCCAAAGCCUUCAUACUGAAGUCCGUGCCAAAUGUGUGGAGUUCCUGAAGCAGAACAGGGGGAGCUAUGAGGCGUUUAUUGAAGGUAACUUUGAAGAUUACCUGUGCAAGCUCCAGGACCCACAGCAAUGGGUGGGAGAAGUGGAGAUCAACGCGUUGGCUGUCAUGUACAAGAGGGACUUUGUGAUUUACCAGGAGCCCGGCAAACCAGCCGUCAACAUCACCGACAACAACUUCAAGGACAAGGUGCAGCUGUGUUUUCUGAAUAGGAAUCACUAUGACAGCGUUUAUCCCAUCAGCCACAUCAGCAACACUGCUCUCUGCCAGUCCAUCCUCUACGAGCUGCUGUACACCUGUGUGUUUAAGGUGGACCGGAGCAUCCUGGGCUCCCAUCAGCGGAGCGGCCGAUCCCCUGUACUGAGUGAUGACAACAUGGCCACCUGCGCCAGCAGCGAUGAGUCCGAGCUGGAUGCAGACGAGCCGCUCUGGGUGGAAGAUGGAACAAGCACGACUUCUACAAGACGCAGCAACCAGAGUUGCAGGGGCCGCGGGCGUGGUCGGCAGCUGUCUGAGAGGGUGAGACGUUCACUGAACCCGACUCUGCUCAGGAAUGUAGAGUAUGACGUCUGGCAAAAGACCAAGAGAGCCCAACAGAAGUUGGACUACUGUAUCGCUGCUGGGAUGCACUACAAUGUAGGCGACCGCUGCCAGGUUCGUCUAGAGGGCAGUGGACGGAGCUACAACGCCACCAUCAAGGAGCUGACUCCCAACAAUGGUCCAGUGACAGUUUACAUAGAAGAUCUGGGCAAGAGACAGGUCCCUCUGUGGGGUGUGCGACCUCUCCAUGAUGAGAACAGCUGGAGCAUUGUGGUCAAUAGAGACAAGAAGCUCAGCAACGGACACGGAGAGUGGGAGGAGAAGGGUAAAGGCCGAGGCAGAGGGAAGUCCAUCCCAGCAUCCUCCUCUGGUUACCAGACGACAGCACCAGGCUCCGGUGGGCGCAUCCAGAAGCAGCACUCGUGGCCCCCGCAGCCCACUGCAGUGGAGCAGGGAGGGGCAAAAACCAGCAGGAAGUCUCUGAACUCGGCCGAGUCGGUGUUGUUCGGUCUGACGGAGCAGGAGCGACUGGCCAAAGAGGAAGAGAAGAGGAACGUGGCGCUGGUGGAGAUCCAGCUCAGAGACGAGCACAGCUUCCCCGCCCUCGGGACUCAGCCUGGGAUGCAGGGUGAUGGUGGAAGGAGGAAGGGAGGAGAGAAGAAAAAAUCCCUGAGAAACAAGACGAAAAGUCCAGUUGAAGACAUCGGAGCACUUCCUCCCUCUGCUGUCGAAACACCCAGAUCCUCCACGCCGCCACUUCCAGCCACUACUGCUACUGCUGCACCCACUACAAAUACUACUACCCCCAUCAACCCCACACAGCCUGCUGCAAAGCCUCCCGCUGCUCUAUCUGCAAACUCUGAGUCCAGCGCUGCUCGGCGAAGCUCACUCAAGGCGUCAAUGCCCAGCAUAAGCAUGGCCGCCACAGCAUCAGGCUCCUCUUCCAGUCUGCCACCCGCCAUUGCUGCCCCGACUGAUAAAACAAACACACAGUCUUAUGCUUUAGCGGCUGGUGCGACACCAAACUCUCCUGUUGCUGCUUCCCCAAGCACAAAGCCUUCUGGAGUGGAUGGUGCUCCGCCUAACAUCCCUUCGUCUGCUGCUGUUUUCUCCUUUGUCACCCCUGUACUCCCCACUGCUUCAUCACUACAAGCCCUGCCCGCCCUGUCCUCCCCUUCUCCUCCCCCCUCUUCUUCCUCACUUCCUCCUAAAUCAUCUGUCUCUCCACCUCCUUCCUCUUCAGUUCCUCCUCCCACUUUCAUCUCACCCAUUGCUCCUUCUCCAGGCGCUGCACAGGGCUUUCUCCAGCCCUCCUCUGUCCCCCGGUCCUCUCCGCCUAUUCCCCCUCUCCCCCAUUCUCCCUGUCCACCCUCUUCCUCCUCUCUUAUCCAUCAUUCUGCUCAAGUCCAAGAGGCACCACCAGCUCCAGCAAUAACUCCAAUUUCUUUGGCACAUGCUGAGGGUCCUAUGGCAGCGUCUCAGACCCUCCAGAGCCAAACGUCUCUGUCCCAGAUUCAUCUCCAGGCAUCGUUGCCUCAAAACCAGAGUCAGAUCUCGGUGUCCCAGACCCAAACUCAGGCAUCAUUACAGCAGGCUGAGAAACCAACGCAGCCUUCUUUGCACCAGAUCCAGACCCAGAGUCAGGGUUCCCUACCCGAAAACAAAACCCUGAUGCCUCAGAUGCGAACAGAGGUUCAGCCCUCUCUUCCUGACCCCCAGCCCUACCCUCAGUCCCACACUGAAGUGGCCUCACUGCCACAAAACCAGGCUUCCCUCUCACAGUUGCAGGCCUCGUUCUCCCACCUCAAGCCCCAAUACCAGGCCCAGUACACCUCACAGUCCCAGUCUGAGGUGUCCCAGGUCCAGUCAGCUCACUCAGCUCCAGAGGUUUCCUGUUCCCAUACCACCCAGGCCUCCAUCCCUGCCUCUGUGCAGCCCCAGCCCUCAGUCACCCAGCCUCACCUCCCCAGCCAGCUGGUCCAGCCUCCUCACCCCUCCCAGGUCCCACAUCCCUCCCUCUCUCUCUCCUACUCAGUGAAUCCCACCCCCGGCACCCAGGAUAAAACAGAAGCUCCAGCUCCGCAGCCUCAGCCUGAGUCCUCAGCUCCCCCCACCCAGCAGUCACACCCUCAUCACCCCCAGUUACACUCUGUGCAUCCUCCCCCUCACCCCCAGCCCAUCCCAGGAGCUGUUCCUCUUCAGCAAUUGUCUCAGCUCUUCCAGGACCCCCUGUACCCCGGUUUUCCCCAGGGAGAGAAGGGUGACGUAGCCCCAACACCCCCCUACUCCUCCAGCAAGUCUGGGGAUGACUUGCCCCAAGAUGUCAACGUCUUGAGGUUUUUCUUUAACUUGGGUGUUAAGGCCUACUCCAUGCCCAUGUACCCUCCUUGCAUAUACCUCAUCCCCCUGCAGCAGGCCUACACUGUGCAACCCAAGCUCCCCUCCCGCUCCCCCUCCCCUGCCUCCCACUACCCUCCUUCAAACCUUCAAACCAGAGAGCAGGAACCAUACCCCCAGUAUCCUCCGGUAUCAGUGACACAAUAUGACCACCAGGCCCCACUCACUGAGCCCCCCUGUCCCAGCGAACCCUCCUUCACCCAGACUAGGUACCCCGUCUCCCAGCCUCCGCCCCACAGGAUGCCCUGGCAACAGCACCAGAUGCCCCCUCCCAGAAACUCCAGCUACCCGGUUGGAUACCCCUCCCCAGCUCCGCCGUAUCCAAGUUCCCUGCCUUCAUCACAGGUGUACCCUCCGAGUCAAGGCCCAGGACACCCACGGUAUCCCCCAGCCAUAACUUCAUACCCACCAAGCUCUCUGGGAUAUUAUUCUUCAGAAGAGCUCCAAGUGAACCAGGGGGCGAUGGAACAGCUUCAGCACACGAACGGGGACACGAUCCCUGGUCACGUCCCUGGACCUCUGGACGGUCCUGCUAAUGCUAACAACAGCAGAACUGUAGGGGUUCCUGGUUUGAACAGUUUUGCCCUCAAGAAGGAGCAGGGGGAGGGUAUGACCAGAGCGGUGCUGCUGGUGGACCCACCACUCCAAAACAAGCCCAUAGUCGCUCUGGUCUCAAACUCUGAUGUUGGUGACGUCUCCGUGACAACCUUGAGACCCAGCAGUGGCUCUGGCCCGCGUGACAUCAUCUCCAAAGCAACCAACUCUGGUGACAACAUCCCCGCCCGUAGCUAUAGACCCCGAAAACCAUUUAUGCAUAACUUCAAAACAUUUGUCAAACCUGGAGCACUGGAGCCCGGCCAGGGGGGUUACCUGCCGCCCCCUAUCAUGCCUGAACCUCUGUCCGUGGGUUGCAGCACCGAGGACUAUUGGGAAGACACGGAGGGGUUCAAACACACAACCCUGAACUUCCGGGGUCCCAGGAAGACCUACAGAGGAGGAGGGAGAGGAGGCCAUGAUGGAGGAAGAGGGGGAUACAGGAGAAGGCAAGGUGGGGAUGCAGGGGCGGUGUAUAAACCAGGCCCGUAUGGCCCCUCCCAUGGGGGGCGGGGCUACUAGCUCUCACGUAAUGAGAGGAGAGAACAUGGUUUUUUCCCUCCCAGAGCUUGUUUGGUUUUUGAAUGGUUUUAAUCGCACUUUUUCUAAUUAGUUUUGAUGUCAACACGAUUUUUUUUCACUGGACUGAUUCGGCCUAGAAAAUUUGAAAAUGGAUGCCAGAGCAAAUUGUUCAUCUGUGAACCUCUUACUGUUGUCAUGUGUCUUCGUCUUUGAUAAGUUCAGAGUACAUUAGAGCCCGGAAUCCUCCAGCUUGACGUGGAAACAAACACUACCAAGCUCAUUAUUGGCUAGCUCCUUAGCGUAGCAUGUUAGGAAGUGCAGGUUUACAUAUAGUUUACUUUAAAGAUUAUUCAUUUGGUAAACAAAAUCUUAAAAUCUUGUGGGAAAUGUCCAUUCCUCAAUUUCACAAAGUCUAAGUUCUUUAAAAAUCUUGCUUUUAACAAAAACACUUAGUUUUCAGUCUUGGAAUACUAAGGUGCUCACAUUUGCAAAGCUGAAUUAUUUUUUUCUUUUUUACACUUUUAAAAUUUUUUUUUUUUUUUGAAAUGAUCAAAAUAAUUGCUGAAUAGUUUGAUGUUUGGGGAAGAAUGUGUAAACUUUUUUGCUAAGAGUUACGUGAAGAGAUGCUGUUUCAAGUUACAGCUAGCAGCCUGAUAGCUUGGCUUAAAACACUAGAAAUGUGCAGGCAACUGCCUAUAAAACCUUUUUUGUUGUUUUUACACUUAAAUAUUUUACAGAUUAAACAAGAGCUAGCAUAUGCUUAUCUUAGUUUAUAACCACCAGUAUACUUUUUUGUUGUUGUUCAACAAAAGAUUUAUUGUGUUGAUUGAGUUUUACAGGUGCUGAUAGAAACUUUUGUUACCUUUGAACAGCGGCAGGCUACCUGUUUCCCCAUUUCCAAUCUUUAUGCUAAGCUAAGCUAAGUGGCUGCUAGCUGUAGCUUCAAUUUUACAAACUGUGCUAUCAGUCCUUAGUUAAAUUUAUGCAAGAAAGCAAGUUGAAAUAUUCCUUUAAAGGAAGUAAAAUUUCAGAUUUUCUGGUUGAAUGCAGCAUCACAACAUAUAUCGCAUUGCAUGUCCAUGAAGCAUCAGACAUUUAAACACAACAAAGCAGCAAUUUAGUUUAGAAAACACUUCCUCCAAUCAUUUGUUAGCACUGCAAGCUAAACCAAUUUUAAAUGGGUUAAAUCAACAAUCGAUUGAGAGGAGCUUUUAAGAGUUGUAUCGCUGUUCUGACGCGAACGCAGCCCAACUGUGUGUAUUUCAGGCUCUGGGUCAGGGGACACUUUUUCUUUAGUGUUUGUGUUGAUGCACAUUCUCUCUCUGUGGUUCUCAUGUUUCUCUUCUUCUGUGGUUCAUUUUCUUUGUCUCCUCACUUUCAAUGAACUCCAAACUCUAGAGAGAGUCUGUGCCUUCUGAUUGUUACUCUUUAUUUCUCUUGUUGACUUUGAGAAAUGCUGCUGUACAAAAAGUCUGCAAGUUGUCUGUUUUUCUAUGUGAUUAAAUAAAUAAAACAUG